AUGUCCGACACAAGUCCAUUUGUUGGUGAUAUCCCCAGCACCAUUGGUUGUCCCUUCGCACCAAAAACUGUACAAUGUCCAGAGUCACUUGGGAAAUACCUCCAAUUUCAAACUAUCUUUCUGGACGAAGGUGUCUCGGUGGGGGAACUUCGGUUCAAAGAUUACCAGCUCGGUGGUCGACCUCCCUCGUAUCCGCCGAAACCAGAAUUUUGUGGCGUUUCCUUAGCAUUAGAGCAAUGUAGCCUGUUUGACAUCAAAGAGGGCCACUCUUCACCUUCACAUCCAAACGGCAUAGAAGAGUCCCACUGUCCACCCCCGCAUCCGAAUGGCCUCUGGUACGAUGAUGGGAGCGUUGUCUUGAAAACUGGAGACAAUUUCUUCCGUGUGCAUAGAUCUAUUCUCAGCCAAAAAUCUUCUGUUUUUGCAACCAUACUUCUUCCAACUCAGGAAGAAAACACGGAAACCCAUGAAGGAUGCCCUGUGGUCGUACUGGACGAUGACUCUGAAGAGCUCCGGCAGUUCCUCCUCACUAUAUAUGAAAUAUCGUACUUCGAGGACAACGCGCGAUAUUUCGUCUAUUUACGUGCCAUUCUUCGUCUCAGCACGAAAUAUGAGAUGGACCGAUUGCGUGACUUGGCACUUCAGCGACUGAAACGCGGCGUUCCAACGACGCUUGCAUCUUUCGACGAUCCUAAAUAUAAGGACGACCGCGCAACCGCACAAAAAAAUGUCCUUGCGGUCAUCAACAUCGCCCGGGAGACCAACUGCUUGGAACUGCUUCCUUGCGCCUAUUACUAUUGCUCCCGUUUGCCGACAGGUACAAUUUUCGAGGGUAAUGGUGGAGUUGUCCUAGCCUCACCAGACAUAAGCGCUUGCGUCCUCGGAAGAGACCGGCUUCUGAAUAUGCAACGCCAGACAACCCACUCGUUUUUGUACAAACUUCCAACACUUGCUGUUGGGUUUGGUUGCAAGGGUUGUGGAGCAAAUGAGUCUGACAGGCUGUUGUUGGAUUAUUUGCAGCGCCAGGAUCUUACGAGACCGUGCACGUUCGAACAAUUCACUGAUUGGAAGAAAAUAGGAAUGUGUAAAGGCUGUGCUCCAUUACAUCAACACAUGGAAUCCCGACGAGACGCAUGGGCGCAACUUCCUAGGAUUUGUGGAUUGGAAAGCUGGGAGAAGAUCGUCGCAUAA